AUGUUGACAAAAAUAAUGGGAAAUGUCAAAUAUUUCUCAACAUUUUUAUUGAGAAAAUAUCGUCUCCGAAAAGAUGCCAUUAAUCACUGAUGUGCUGUCAUAUAAAAUAAAUAUUAUACGAUAUUCGCGCAUUUAAUGAAAAAUACGAUCAUCCAGUGUACUUCUUACUCUGCUCAUUCAUAAGCUGCGUGAACAGCUGCGUGAGCAACAGAAGUCAGUUCGGAGCAAUCGGUAGAAGAAUUGGAUCAGCUGAUAUCCGACGUAGCUUUCUCGUUGAGCUCUCUGUCUGCCUUACCUUUCUCUCUCGUUCUCCAGCACCGAUGACAACCCCACCCGCGGCAUCCUCUUUCUCUCUCUCACCAAGAUUCCGGUGAGCCGGAAUUAAAUACAAAGGAUGAAGGGAUGGUUCGACGCCUUUCGCAGCGAUGGCGGCCCGACUCUCUACAGCUACAGCAAUCGCACUCCUGUGACAGGUGACGUGCCCCUGGUCAUCGUGUUCGUAAUAUUCGGUACCCUGUUCACGGCCUUCCUAGUCAUAUUCCCGGGUGUCAGGAAAGAGCGGUUAACCACAUUUCUCACGGUUACCAUGAGCCUCUUCGUGGGUGCGACGAUUCAAGUGGCGCAAUAUGGUUCAUCCUGGCAUACGAGCACCGCCACCAUUGUUAGCUCCUAUAGCGCUUUCUCCAGUCACAAGGCGAUGGCCGAUAUCGGCGGUUACAUUGGUUUAAUGCACAUCAAUAUAACGUACAAGCUACUGCCAGAAAGCGAGCAGACGAACAGCGAUAUCGAAUACAAUGAACUUUGGUGGCGAAGUUCCGGCGAAAUGACCAGCGCCUUCAAGCAGGCCCUUUAUCAGGGUGCCCCAUUUCCAUUGUCUCUUGGCGGAGUACUUAGCCUCCACCAGGAAGUCUCCUGGGGCUCGCGAUAUCGCGAAGCUGGAUAUUACGCUUCCAUAAUGCUUUGGACCUCCUUCGCUUCGUGGCUGAUGAUGAACCUGUUGCUCAUGGUGGUGCCGCGAUAUGGCUACGGUAUGAUUUUCACGGGGCUGUGUAUGUUGUUAACGAACUUGAUUUACUCGGCUCUUCUACCAUGUGAACCUCUGAUAGCUCAUAUAGACGGCUCGAUCCUCUCCUUCAAUUUCGGUUGGAAUUACUGGCUGGUGCUGUCGGCCGGUGCCGCAUGUCUCUUGGCAGGACUCGUGAUAACAGCUAUAGAUAUGAUCUUUCCUCAUCAAUUCUCGACUAUACUCGAAGUUGACUAUGACACGCCGUACGAUAGGCAUGUCAUUAUAGAGGAGAGCUUUGAUACGCGCAACGUCAGGCGGAAAGUUCCCAAGAUCGAGGAUUCGUUCGGCGAUCGAAUAAUGAGUCAACUAUCAUCCAAGCUUCAGAAUAGACAUGCUAAGGAGGACACUGAGGGUGUCAUUAAUCGAGGAUAUACGUCACACGAGCCGUCCGAAUUCCCGCAAGAAAUUGGGGAUGAACCUAACAAGAGUACUAGUAAUUGGUCGUAUCCGUUUCCGCCAACUUCCCGCAGAACCGUAAAUGGCUGAUAUAUUUCCCGAACAUUUUAGAUAGCUUCAUAGAUAACAUUCGUCGACUUUCCGAAACGCCAUUAAUGUUUCAAUUUAUUUUAUAUAGCGUAUUUUUUAAUAAUAUAUUAUUUAUAAUAAAAAAAAAGAAACAUCGAUUUGUGAGAGAGUUACUUAUAAGAGAUCCAAAGAGUAUAACAGUAUUACGAAUACAAAGAUAAAUUUUUAUAUUUUAAUAAAUUAUAAAAAAUUUGCAAGAUAAAUUAAAUUCUUCGGAAUAGUUUCAAGAAAAGAAAAUAGGGAAGGAAAGGAUAUCUAUCUUCUUUUUCUUGUUCAUAAAUAAGAGAUGUAAUAUUACUCGCAUAUUAAUUCAUAAAUAAUAAAAAGCGGCGCGUUUUAGCGCAUAAAUAUGUACAUUUUAUAAAAUAGACGAGAUCCGCGCGAAAUAUUGUCGAAUUAUAUGGACAGUCCAUUCAAUAUUUCACGCGAACGGGGGCAGCGAUAUACCUUGACUAGCCAAAGUUUUCGAAGUGAUGAAUAAAAUACGGCAAGCGCCGAGUUUUGUUAACUUCGUCGCAGGCCGACAUGACGCUUUUCGUCAGAGGACGUGGUCCACAGCUAAAUACUCCUAUUUUACUAACCUGUAAAUCAAUACAAAAUCUCAUUUAUUUUAAGUAUACUUUUUUAAAUUAAUUACAUUUUUUAAAUAAUUUUGUUUAAUUGUGAACACGUACGUAGCUGUGUUUCUUCUGAACAAAUUUCAGGAACGACGUCAUGUCUGGCCGACCGAAGUGAUUUAUGGCCUUGAGUCCGGUAAAUAUACUCUUCUUCGAUAGCCUCUGAAAAUGAUUCUCACAUAUGUACUACAUAUGUGAAAUAGAAUGUAAUUAAUAGACAAGUAAUAAAAAAUUAGCAG